AUGGCCAUCCAGAAAGCACCCCCUAAUUCCCGCCCCGAGCCCAGCAGCGAGACCUUCCAGCUGCAGCUCUCCUCAGGCAACGGGCCCGUCUACCGCACCGUCCAGCGCACGCCGCCGCGCGACGCAACCCCGUCCGAGAUCCCCAUCAUCGACAUAUCCGGCAUCUUCAGCGCCUCGCUCCCGGACCGGCGGGCGGUGGCGCGGCAGGUCCACGCGGCGGCGACCAACAACGGCUUCUUCUACAUCAGGAACCACGGCGUUCCCGCCGCCGUGACCGACGCCGCGCACGCGGGCUGCCUCUCCUUCUUCCGGCAGCCGCAGGCCGUGAAAGACCGCGCCAACGCGCGGCAGUCGGCCUACUUCAACGGCUACAAGCCCCCCCGCACGCAGCGCAUCAACCCGGCCGAGUCGGUCGACAACCGCGAGACCUUCUCGUGGACUUACGACCCGCGCUGCGACCCGGCCGUGCCCUCGCUCGAGUCCCUCCCGCCGCGCGUGCGGCAGUUCCUCCGCAUCGAGCCGGACGGUCCCGCGGGAGAGGAUGAGGAUAAGAAGAAGAAAGAGGACGGACAGGGCGGAGACGGAGAUGGGGCGGGAGAAGAGUACAGGCGCUUCCCCUGGUCGCAGACGACGACGGUCCCGCACUUCGCGCCCGCCGUGAUCGCGUACUGGCGGUCCUGCCUGGCGCUCGCGCGCGCCCUCGUGCGCUCCUUCGCGCUCUCCCUCGACCUGCCCGAGGACUUCUUCGACGCCAAGGUGACCCACCCGGACGCCGCCCUCGCGCUCAACUACUACCCGCCGCUGCCCCUCACCCCGGCGCACAGCCCGUCCCCGGACCAGAGCCCGACGCUAUCACCUUCUUCACAACAACAACAGCAGGAACAGGUCUCGAUAGGCUCGCACACAGACUUCCAGCUCUUCACGAUCCUGCACCAGGACACCGUCCCGGGGCUGCAGGUGCUCUCGCGCGAGGGCCAGUGGCUCAACGCGCCGCCGAUCCCGGGGACGUUCGUGGUCAACAUCGCCGACUACCUGCAGCGCAUCACCAACGACGUCUACGUGUCGACGGUGCACCGGGCCAUCAACAACGGCGGCGGCGGCGGCGGGUCCUCAAACUCACAGCAGAACCAUCGGGAGCGCGUCAGCAUGCCCUUCUUCUUCGGCUUCAACAUGGACGAGAGCUGCGCCGUGCUGGACAGCUGCGUCGGCCCCGGCAGGCCGCGGCGGUACGACGAGGUCAGCUGCUACGAGUGGGUGCAGCGGCGCGUGAGGGCCAUGCACGACACCCGCGAGCCGGCGCAGCGGGCAUGA